UCCCUCGCCAACAGCCAGCUUGACACCGUGUUCCAGCUACUCAGAAGCAUCAUGGCCAAGGGUACCAAAGGCGGCUUCUACGCUGUCCGCGUCGGCCGCAAGCCAGGCGUCUACACCUCGUGGGACGACUGCGCGGCCCAGGUCAACGGCUUCCAGGGCGCACGCCACAAAAAGUUCCCGACUCGCGACGAGGCCGAGGGCUUCGUCUCGGGCGGUGCAGGCCCCUCGUCCGCCGCCAGCACCUCGUCGUCGGCACCCGUCGUCACGUCCGACAAGCGCAACAAGCGCACCUCGGACGCCGCCGGUCCAGUCGAGCGCGCCGUCAAGCGGCAGAAGAACGAGUCGGCAAAGGCGGGCCCUGCAGCGCGACGCGUCGACCCGGUCUUUGGCGCGGCGGGCAGCUCGUCCUCGUCGGGCAGGAGGGUCUACUGCGACGGCAGCUCGAGGGGCAACGGCAAGAAGGGCGCCGUCGCCGGUAUCGGCGUGUUCUGGGGCCACGACGUCGGCGACAAGAACCUCUCGGAACGGCUACCGGGCAAGCUGCAGACCAACAACCGCGCCGAGAUGUAUGCCGUCGCCCGCAUCCUCGAGUCGGACCCGCACCCGGACAAGCCGUUGACGAUCUGCAGCGACUCGGAGUACACGAUUGGCGUCUUCUCCAAGUGGAUUCCGGGCUGGCGCCGCCGAGGGUGGAAGACGUCGGACGGCAAGCCCGUCGCCAACCAGGACCUGAUCCGGUACAUCCUGUCGCUCCUCGCCCUGCGCAUGCCCGCCGACUCGACGUCCCAGCUCGCCAACAUCACGUUCCACAAGGUCAAGGCGCACGUCGGCAUCGAGGGCAACGAGCAGGCCGACCGCUUUGCCAACAACGGCGCCAUGAUGCCCAAGGUCGCCGACGUCGAUUUCGCGCAGGCGACGAGGGACAACGAGCGCAAGCUCAAGGAGCGCAAGCAGGGCGCUGUCAAGGCGGUCGAGGACGUCGAGUGGUCGGUCGACGUCGGUGAGGGCGACUUGCUCGACGAGGACGAGCUGAAGGAGCUCGAGGAGAAGCAGGCCUUCUGAGCAGCGCGUCGAGCCCGAUCUGUAGCUUUUCUCGCUUGCAUUACGUUGUCUCGCGC